AUGAGUGAAGUUCCAGGCCUUGGCAUAACCACCACAGGCAAGGACGAGCACCAUGCGGACCCCGCCACUUCUCGCCCCAUCACGUCCGACUGUCUGCCCUCAGGAAGUGUUUUGUGUCCCCUUAUCUUCUCCAGGGGACGACGCUCAUUUUGUGUCUACGGGACUUUUACCAGGAUCUCGCCCAGACAUACGCUGUUUGUCAGCCCUGUGUCCAUGGCCCAUGCUGCCCGGAGCCAAGGGCCACACGAGGGUAGAAGAGGAGAGAGAUGGUGA